AUGGCUGCUACUCUCGGUGCGGGCGUGCAGGACGGUGAGAUGUUUGCAGCACUUGCCAAGCACAAUGCCACAGCUGUUGGCGGGACGAACAUGGAUGUUGGUGUUGUAGGAUGGGCAACCGGGGGUGGCCACGGGCUGGCUACGGGCAUAUACGGGAUGGGCGCAGAUAACAUUAUCGAAGCCAAGGUUGUUACUCCGGCGGGCGAUAUCGUCAUCGCGAACGCCUGUCAACAUGAGGAUCUCUUCUGGGCCAUCCGAGGUGGGGGCGGUGGCACCUACGGAGUGAUUGUCUCGGUGACCGUCAGAGCUCAUCGUAUGCCCAUGCUAACAAUGAUCAAUCUCAUGCUAUCCGCCAGAAACACAACUACCGAGCAUGAGUGGUACAGACUCGUUGCUAAGGCUCACCGCUAUCUGGCACACCUCCAGGACAACGGAAUCCACGGCUACUACACCUUAAGCGGCUCCCCACUUGUAAUGAACGGUGCGCUACUGCUGUACGAUGCGAAGAAUAAAACUGCGGAGAGGCUUCUUCGUCCCUUUCAGGACUUCUUGAAGAAGCACGAACCAAUCGUCACCGCUGUAGUGAAGCCCCUUGUCACACUGCCCUUGUACGACGUUAUGCAAAACAUGCCAUCCACCGAGUCUGUCGGCAAGGCGGAAGUGGCUAGAGCGUCCCGGUUCAUUCCACGAAGGGUGGUCGAAGAAGAUGUUGAACGCUUUGCGGACGUGUUGGAGCUCGUCAUGUCUCGACAGGAUGCUCACGAUAUCUUAUCUAAUGCAAAGUUCGUUGCAGGGUGUAUCCUCUCCCUCUAUCUCUGGCACUAUGACGGGAAGUAA